AUGUUUCCGCCUCAGAAUCAUACUAAAAAAUAUUUUCAAACCAAUUACAUCAAAAAACAUCCAUCUCAUCAAAGACUAGCAAUCAAUCUUGAGAAUAAUGAGCCCGUAUGUUUCUAUGGAGGGGGGAUACAGAGAGUUCAUUUUUUUAGACUACUGCUAUGUAAUGUUCCCGGUGCUACAAGUUCCAAAAAUAUCCGCACUGUAGAAGGUCAAGAAUACAAUAUAAACCAAGCUGCUUGCCAUGCCUUGCGUUUAUUUAAUAAUUACGGUGAGGUUAGAUAUCGAUCUUCUCUAGCUGAAUAUUAUCUCCACUCAGAAAUAAUAAGUCAAUAUAAUAAAUCCCUUGAACCAUCUCAAGAAACAUCAGGUCAGACUACACAUCGCCAAGUGUCAAGAAAACUUAUCCAAGAACAAGAAGAUCUAUGCAAUAAAGCGUAUAUUUUGUCCCACCCAGAUCAGCCUUACUUCAAUGGCUCCCAACAAGCAUUAUACAAUUCUAUUAUGAAAGCAAUGCAUGGAAGUCAACUUGGAGCAAGACUAUACUUUGUGAAUAGACCAGGUGGCACAGGAAAUAUCUUUGUAUGUAAUGUUCUUUUCCAGAAAAUUCCAAUUAAUGUUGACAUGAACUCCAUGUGCUCUAUCUUUGCCAGCUCUCAAGUCGCACAAUUUCUACGCAGAACGGAAUUAAUAGUCUGGGGUGAAGUCUCAAUGGUCAAUAAAUAUAUUUCCAGUGCAGUAAAUUGUCGGAUUCAAGAUACAAUUAAGGCAGUCAACCCUGUACUUGUGAAUGUUCCAUGUAGUGGAUUCUUUUUUGUCUUUGAAGAAAAUUAUCAACAAGCUCCUCAUGCCAAUCCAAGGACGUCGAAAUCCCAAACCGUUGCCCAAUACAUCACAAGCAACCCUGAGAUUAGAAGAAAACUUGAAGAUCCCAAAAACUUUCUUUUGCGAGCUGGUAAUAAGAAUAAGCUUAUGGCUGGAGGUCCAGACACAGUAGCUAUUCCUAAUGAAAUAUCCAUUUGUGGUACCAACUUAAACGGCCAUACCAACGCAAUUGUUUUUUUUUGA